AUGGAGUGGCCAUUAUUCACUGCACUCCCAACUGAUGAAACUCUUUCUGGAGAUUGCACAGACGACUAUGGGACCUUCACUGAGACCCCAGGGGGGCUAUGUGACAAGAGCUGGGUGAGAGAGUUUCGGGGUCUCUACGAACCCCCGCUGUUCUGGCUCAUCUUCGUCUUGGGCGCUGUGGGCAACCUGAUGGUGGUCUUCAUCUUUACCACGGUGCGCCACCGCCUCAAGACCAUGACGGACGUCUACCUACUCAACCUGGCUGUGGCCGACCUUCUCUUCCUGGGCACGCUGCCUUUCUGGGCCGCCGACGCCACCAAGGGCUGGAUGUUCGGCCUGAGCCUCUGUAAGCUCCUCUCGGCCAUCUACAAGAUCAACUUUUUCAGCAGCAUGCUGCUGCUCACAUGUAUCAGCGUGGACCGCUAUGUGGCUAUCGUCCAGGUUACCAAGGCCCACAACCAGAAGAACAAGAGGCUGUCUGUCAGCAAGCUGACCUGCCUAGCUGUCUGGAUCAUCUCAGGCCUCCUGGCCCUGCCUGAGUUAAUCUUCGCCCAAGUCAAGCCUGACCGUAGGGGGAAUUCCUUCUGUGUCUUGGUCUACCCAAACAACCUCUUCAAUCGCACCAAGAUCCUGGUGCUCGUUCUGCAGAUCUGUGUGGGUUUUUGCCUGCCGCUGCUGGUCAUGGUGCUGUGCUACUCUGUCAUCAUCCGCACCCUGCUGCAGGCCAAGAGCUUCGAGAAGCACAAGGCGCUCAGGGUCAUCUUCGCUGUGGUGGCUGUGUUUGUCCUCUCCCAGCUCCCGUACAAUGGGCUACUGGUGGUCGACGCCACACAGGCCGCCGACACCACCAUCACGGACUGUGCUGUAUUGGAACAUUUCGACGUCGCUGGUCAAAUCGCCAAGAGUCUGGCGUACACCCACGCCUGCAUUAACCCCUUCCUGUACGUGUUCAUUGGCGUUCGCUUCCAGAAGGAUCUGCUGAGGCUGCUGAAGCUGUGCACCUGCGGCCUGAGCCAAGGAGGUGUCAGUAAGCUGCAGGCCGUCCCCAAACGCCCUUCUGUCAUGUCUGACACUGAGACUACCUGUGCCCUCGUCUUGUAAUCGUGCCCACUGAAGCCACACACACAUUCAACAUCACCUCAGAUCAUAUCAUUUCAUUGGUAAACACCUCAUCAUUCCACGCCUUUCUUCUUCCAUGAUAUCAUAUGCUGCUAGAGGACACUCCCAGCUGUUGCAUCCUGAGUACAUUGAUAUUUUACAGGUAUAGAAAUUAAUUGUUGUUUACAUUUAACUCGUCAAGAAACAUUUAACUCGUCAAGAAUCAAGAAACAUGCAAUACAUGAAAAGCAUA